GCUUCUUUUCUGAUGCAGAUAGCCUUUUCUUGAAAGACAUCCCUUUCGUUACCCCCCGAAGUCUCUUGUAUCACCUCAAUUUUGGCCAAAAGUCGAGUUGACCUGAUAACAGCCUUCAAGUCAGUCGAACUCAUAAUUCACCAUGGUCGGACUCGACCUCAAAUUGCUGCGAAAGCAUAUUGUCACACCGCCAACAAAGUAUGAGCAGGAGUAUUUGAUUGGAUUCCGUGGACUGCUUGUUAUUCAAGCUUUCCUAUGGAUGUUUUUGCAGACUUUCGCACCGUCUACGGUGUAUGCUUCAUAUGAUGUUGGCGGACCCCAUGCCCAAGUGAUUGUGCGAAAAGUCUUCUCCGUGUUGUUCUGGAAUGAGUAUUUCCUGUACGGAGCAUUCAUCUUUCUGUCAGCUCGUUCAAUCGCCAUCCCCUAUUUCCGCGACCCAACACCAGCGGUGAUUGCACGCUCGCUGCUGACGCGCUCUUUGCAACUUUGUAUUCCGGUUGCAAUCUGUCUGGCAAUUGUCAAAGGGUCAAUAACUGCAAAUGCACUGAAUACGAUUAAACACUUCAAGUACAGCACCAACAAUCUCUCGCUGCCGAUUCCCUACCAAUUUCCCAAUGCACUGUCAUACUGGAAUUCGGUCUUUAAUUUAUUCUGGACAACCCACGGCUUCAGAUCUCAAUCAGGCAGUUACGCUUUUCCCACCCAGACUCUUUGGAUGAUCAAUGCUGUCUACAUCCAAAGCUAUACUGUGUACAUGAUCAUGGUAAUUGUACCUUAUACACGGCCACAAUGGAGAGUGCAGUUUGGAAUCCUAUUCGUCAUUGCUGCAUGGUGGUGUAACUCCUGGGCAUGGUACACGGUGUCUGGAGUGCUUGUAUGUGAUAUGGUCAUGCACAUGGAUCUCAAACAAAAUGCCUUGAUGGGUAUUCCCGUUCAAUACCGGAGUCUUGUUUGGCGCUCCAAUGAUGGCAAGCCUCGGCGUAUUCCCACAUGGUUUGUCGGCGGUUUAUUGCUUGUCGGCGGGCUUCUCAUGCAGUACCUGUGGGCAGCUUAUCGACCCGACUUGUUCUUUUCCGAAUGGAGGAUUCAUUCGAAUCCCUACACCACUGGCGGCCUUGACGAACGUUACUUGCUCGACCAUAUCUCUGCAAGAGAUGACGUUUACAUUACUAUUCUGGGAAUCUUUAUUCUGCUUGAGACGUACGAUGUUUUGCAACGAGUUUUGCAAAACAAAUUCCUGCUCUUCCUUGGACGUCGGGCUUUGAGCUAUUUCCUGCUGCAAUCUAUUUUUGCCUACAUCGUUGGCAUCCGUGUGUUUGAAGGUCUUCGAUCGAGACACGUCCCACAUGAUGGAGCAGUCAUGGUGGCACUCAUCACUUGCAUCGCGGUCACUGUCCCUGCAGCAGAGCUGUUCCAUCGUCUCAUUGUGGUCCCGAGUCGGUAUUUGAGCCACAACUUUUACGAAUUCAUCACAUCCUAA